AUGGAGAGCAGCAAAGCAGAUGAUGCUGAUUACGUGACGCUCGUACUCGCCAGCGGCGGUAGUGAAUCCGCUGAGUUUCUUUGCCCGCGCCAGUUCCUCCACCAUUCCGAGAGCGAGUACCUGCGGCAGCUGGUCUCUGCGGCGUGGGCCGAGGGCCAGCGCUCGCGCAUCGAAAUCAAGUACGACUGCACCCCGGACAACUUCGAGUCCAUCCUCCGCUUCGCCUUCGGCCACCGACGCAAGGCCAAAGUCUACGACCAGCACCGCCACCACCACUCCACUGGCAGUGCCAGCCACGUCGACCCCGUCGAAGUCGGCGACGCCGACGCUGCUGCAACCGACGCCGACGCCGUCGACGCCAUCUUCGCGCAACCAGCGGGCCGCACGGACUGGGCGGCGCUCGCACACGAGGAGGACAAGAAGCCCAGGGCCACUGCGCCGGCACAAUCUACAGCGAGCCUCGGUCAAGGCGGUAAUGACGACGGCGACGGCGACCUCGAACCAUUCGCGCUCGACGAAGGUGACGACGAUGGUCGCCAGGAGGUGGAAGACGAUGCGUGGGUGGAGGAGCUGAUCUCGCGCGAGAAUGCGGUGUCGCUCUACGGCGACGCGCUGUUCUUUCAGCUGCCGGAGCUGGCGGCGGCUUGCGAGGCGUUCGUGGCGCGGCACGUGGUGGGCUAUCACAACGCGUGCCAGUACUGGAUCGUGAGCGCCCAGGCCGGCCUCCACUCGCUCGAGCACCACUGCCGUGCCAUCUUCCAGGACCACUUUUCCAAGAUUGUCAAGCACGACGAUUUUCUGCAGCUGCCGAAGGAGCUGCUGCUGCAGGCCGUGCGGUCGCCCUGCCUCAAGGCCGAGUCCGAGGAGCAGAUCUGGGACGCCGUCCUGCGCUGGGGCCGGCACCAAUGCGCCGACGACGCGGCCGACGACGACGAUGAAAGCGAAGAGGACGACACCACUGUCGACAAGAAGAACAGAGACAAGGGCAAGGAGAAGGUGGGCGUAAAGAGAAACGAAAAGGAAAAGAAGAAGGAAAAGAAGACUACGAUGGCCGGUCGGCCGGCUGCGCGUUGGGAGCGCGGCGUGAACGUGGCCGAAGACGGCGAGGCGGAGGAGGCGGCGCGCAAGGCAAGGGCCGAGCGCGAGAAAGACGAAGAGCAGAGGAUCAGUCACGCGCUCAAGACCCGCGUCCUGCCCGAGUUCAUCCCCUUCAUCCGCUACCCGCUCAUGAACUACGCCUUUCUCUGCGAUUUCGCUCUAGAACGAGUGGCGCCGAGCGGUCUGGUGCCGCACGAGCUGUUGGACGAGGCCUACCAGUUCCUGCUCUACCAGGCCAACGGGCUCUCCGGCGGGUUCAAGGGAACCGACAACGGCAAGCGACCGCCCUCCUUCCGCGUCCACGCCCGGACCCCCAAAGUGAGGUUGGCGGAGGUGCACACGGCCACGGCGCGCGGCGGGUCGGUGCGGUCGGCCAAUCGGGAGAUCGUGGCCGAGGUCUUCCGGUGGCUCUUCGACGCGCGGCCGCCGCACGCCUCGCUCGUGGCCCUCCAGCACAGCGUCGAGCACCUCCUGAGCGCCAAGCCAGUGGGCCGCAUGUUCCCCUGGAUCACGGCCGAGCUCGUCGUCACUCAUCUCGAGUCCAUCGGCUUCGUAUCGGCAUCUGAGCCGACAGCGGCGGUGGCGGCGGCCAACCCGCAGCCGCGGGGCGGCGUACAGCCGAAGAAGCAGAAGAAGCCGCGGCGCGCGGUGGUGUACAACAUCCAGCGCGACGAGGAGCCGCCGCAGGUGUCGCACACCUCGCGCGCCUUCAGCGUCAUCGUCGAAGACAUUCUGCUGUGGCUCCGGGACCACCCGUCGCGUCCGGGCCACAUGGAUGCGCUGCUGCGCCAGGUCAAGUACUACCUGGGCCGCAAGAAGGUGAAGAACGUGUUCAUGACCGACGCGCAGAAGGUGGUCCACCUGCUGGUCCACGAUCGGGUGGUGAUGCAGCGCCGCUUGGACGCGGACGAGGCCGAGCGCCGCCGACGUGGCGGCGGGCGCUACCAGCAGUACGCCCAGGAGCAGCAGGGCCAGGUGAUGCUCAACGCGUGCCGCGAUUCCGUAUUCGCGUGCGCCGCGUGCGGCCGGGCCUUUGUCUUCGACGCCCAGAAGUCCAAGGAGUUCUAUCGACGCAGGCUCCACGUGCCCACCCGCUGCCCGGCCUGCCCAAAGCCCGAGCCUUUGCCGAGUCAGCUGGCGGCGCAGUCGCAGCGGUCGCGGCCUGCGGCGCCGCGUCAGGGCCGGCGGGGCGACUUUCUGCGCGGGCGCUACCACCAGGCCACGCUCAUCGACCGCCUCGUCAACAACAUCUAUUGA